AUGGAGCGAAUCAUGAACCCCGUGUUGGACCGCAAGUCUCCCUCGCAAUGGCACCGGUACGAGCCGCGGCAGACGCGACCGGAGCUUCCCGUGUCCCUCGAAGACGCUGACCCGUUGACAGCUUCGGCGCGGUACAAGCAGCUGUCAACGGGUAAAAAGGACCAGCCGACCUAUGCAAAGGCUCUGGCGUUCGAUGAUGGGCUGCACUCGGUCUAUGUCGCCGACUACCCACAAGGAUUGCGCGGUCUGUUUGUGCUCGUGCAGAGUCCGCUAUUGCUUGUUGCAAUCGGCAUCUUUGCCGGCAGUGUGGGGCUUGUGGUUGACAUGUGGAGCGUCGAGAUUGCUCGGUACUACCAAUGGGUGGGUGGACAAGGGUUUGGACUGUUUGUGACGUCGGCACUUGCUGCGGGAGGCUUCGCAGCGCUUCUGACUCACUGUGUGUGUCCCCAAGCUGCAGGGUCAGGGCUACCGUUCAUGCGAGUGGCCAUUUCAGGCAUCAACAUGAGCACCUACCUCUCCUUCCGCUGUGUUGCGACGAAGAUCGUUGGCCUGAUGGCCGCGUUGGCUGCAGGCCUGUCGAUCGGCAAAGAAGGCCCUUUGGUCAUGAUUUCGUGUGGGUUUGCCAGUGUCCUGAUGAGCUGGGGCCCGUUCCAACGCAUUCGCGAUGAUGACGCUAAGCGUUUGGAGAUGCUAGCAUGUGCUUGCGCUGCUGGCGUGUCUGCGACGUUCGGGUCCCCUUUUGGAGGUGUACUUUUUGGGGUCGAGGUGACAUCGCAUUUUUACCUGGUCCGGACGCUGCCCCGUUCAUUCUUUGCAGCCAUUGUGGGUGCACUGCUAGUUGGCUUUGGUGCAGCGAAUUCAGGAUAUGGGCUCUUUGGCAACAGGAGCAUCGAAAUCGCUGCGGACACCAACGCCGGUAAAGGAAGUGGUGGCCUUGUGUGUGCGGACCUCUGCGUGUUUGCGCUCAUGGGUAUCGUUUGUGGUCUUGCAGGGGCUCUUUUCAACUACACCUUGUCAAUACUGGUGCGUGCUCGCGACCGCUUUUUCCAGCCCUCGUCCUCAAGUUCGCCACGUGCGACUUGGUGGAAUGCUCUUGGAAAACGGGUGGGACUCGUUCUGGCUGUAACGCUACUUUCGUGCUGGCUUGAGUUUUACGGAGACAGUGCGUGGUUCAUGCGGCACGGUUCCCCCCGGCGCAUUCUUGACGCGCUGUUCUCGAAAGACAAGCACAUUUUUGCCAGUGACCGUACGCAAAAAAGCACCACCGAGGAAAGUUUGUUGCUUUCGAAGUCGCUAGUAACAUUCCUGCCGCUCAAGUGUGUCCUCACGCUUGUGAGCAUUCUACUGCCCGUGCCGGCUGGUUUGUUCACCCCAACUUUUGUGAUCGGUGGAAUCUUUGGUCGACUUGUUGGCGAAACCGUACGUGCGUUUGAUUUCCUGAGCACCAGCUAUGAGCCUUUCGAGUUUGCGAUCAUCGGAGCGGGGGCCUUCUCCUCAGGUGUGACGCAUGCUGUGUCAACCGCAGUUAUGAUCAUGGAGAUUUCACACACCGAUGGCCUCAAUCUGCCCGUGUCUGUGGCAACGCUAGCAGCCUAUUUCACGGCCAAGCGAUUCACUGAUAACGUUUACGAUGUCCUUAUUGCGACGAGCAAUUUGCCUCGACUGAAAAAGCUGCCCAAAGCUGCUUACGAUAUCUCGGCCUGGGAAGUGAUGAAGGACGUUGCAGAAAUGGGAGUGCUCAACGCCGAUUCAACCUACGAAGACGCGAUGGUAUUGCUGAAGCGCUCCGACAUGGAACUUGUCUUUCCGAUUGUUGACUCGCCCGAGAAUCGCUUCCUGCUGGCUACAGUCACGCGUUCCCGGCUCGCAGACGCUGUGUCACUUUGUCAACGCCAAGGUGCCAUUCCGUUUCCCAUGACAACGGAAGACUUGCGGCAACCGCCCCAUGAAGAGAGAGUAGCAACAGGCGAAACCUCGCCGCUUUUCCCGUCCACCCCUCAGUCGGCCAUCUCUACCAUCGCAAAGACAACCGGCUAUAGGUCGGGAAAGAGCACAGCAGCUCGAAGAUCCUACGGAGCCAUCAACUCGAUAUCCCACGACGAUUACAGUGGCAGUCGGUGUGACAACGAAGACGGUCGAGAUGAACUUCCCGUCCAGCUGUUGCGGUCCCCCAUCCAUUUCGCGUUUUGCCGAGGCGGCAAGGUCGUGGAUUGGGUCACGAACGAGGUGUGCUGUCCGUCCGAAUUGACGGUGCUGAUCGACCCCUCACCGGUCCAGUUUAUGGAGAUGACGCCAAUGCGUCGCGUGGAUAUGCUCUUUCGCAUGCUGAAGCUCAACAACGUCUUUGUCUCGCGCUCGGGAAGGCUCAUGGGCGUCAUUAGCCUCGAGCGUAUGAUGACGUUUCUUGGCACCACGAAGCCGUACCAGGCACCCGGAUUGCUGCGUACGCUCAGAAACAUCUUCUUUCGACCAAAUGGUGCCAGACCUCAUGACUGA